AUGAUAAGCAAAUGCUCUAAAAUCGCUGAAACUACUUCGGAACAACCAGUUCGACGAUUUCAAAGUGUUAUUAGAAAUUUAGAUGAAUACAUUCUCACUUGUUUCGAUGAAAAUACUGUAUUCAUCAAGGAAAAUCUUGCCAUCCAGAAAGCAAUAAGACAAAUUAUUCCUGAUCUAAAGAUCUUCGAUAAUUCAGACGCAUGUGUUGACUAUUUGAUGAAUUUCAAGGAUCGGAAAAUUGUUCUGAUUAUAUGUGGCUCCUAUAAUCAUUGUUUUAUUUCUCUUAUUCAUCAUCUAUCCCAUUUGUCGGCAAUUUACGUUUAUCACCCCGAAAAAGAAGCUGCUAAAGAAUGGAACAAAGGCUAUGAAACGAUCAAAGGCGUAUUUACACAAAUAAAAGAUCUAAUUACAGCUAUUUGUACAGAUCAACGAGUCCAUAAAGUUUCAUCUAUAACUUGCUUCGAUAAACAGCAGGAUGAAGCUAGGGAUGGCUUCGAACGAAUUGCAGCUAAUACAAUUGCUAUGAACAUUUAUAGUACACAGAAUACUGAUGUAUCAGAAGAACGAGAUUUAAGAAACGCCGCGCUCAUGUACUUUCAAGUUUUAAUUUAUAUUUUACUAGACAUAACAUCUAACCGAAACUCAUCAGCUAAAAAAGAUCUACUGGACCAUUUUAAACAUAUUUAUGAAGGCAGUACUGCUGAAGAACGAAUUAUUCAAGAACUUGAAAAUAAUUACAGAGACGAGGAAGCUAUUCGAUGGUACACACGACCAACAUUUCUCUACAACACUCUCAACAAAGCUCUUCGGGAUUUCGACUUUAAAGUUCUCUUUGCUCUACGCUUUCUCAUCAACGACCUACAACGACAAUUAGCCAUCGCACACGAAACUUAUCUAACUUCGUAUGAAUUAGAAAAUCCUAUAAUUACCGUCUAUCGUGGUCAGAAUAUUUCUGUUGCCGAUCUCAAUUAUCUUCAUGAAAAUAUUGGACAAUUUGUUGCAAUGCAAAGCUUCUUGAGUACAAGUUUCGAUAGAGCAGUUGCCAGUUUUUUUGCCCAAGCUGCUGCUCCUACUACAGACGGAAUAACAUGUAUUUUAUUUGAGUUUCAUCUUGACACACGUAUCACGAAUACGAAACCCUACGCAAAUAUAAAACAUCUGUCUUACUUUCGUGAUGAAGAAGAACUUCUUCUUAUGCUAGGUACCAUAUUUCGAAUUGAACAAAUGGAAUAUAAUGAACUAGAAAAAACAUGGGUGGCAAUUUUAAGUCUGUGUAGUGAGGACGACUAUGAAUUAAAAGAAUUGGUGAAACAUUUGAAAAAUGAGACUGACGAAGGAAUUACAUCACUAGGAAAUUUAUUGCAACGACAAGGAGAUUAUGAAAGAGCGAGACUAUAUUUUCAACAAUUGCUGCUCGAUCCAUCUCUUGGCGAUCUUGAUCGAGCUAGGUGCUAUCGUGGUCUUGCUAUGGUUGCGCAAGCACUCCAUACAUAUGAUGAGGCUAUAGAAUAUUUUGAGAAACAAUUGGAAUUGUUGAAUACAUGUGACGACAAUCAGGAAGAGAUUGGAACUGCAUAUACAUUUCUUGGUGAAGUUUACUUAUUUAAAAACGAUCUCGAUCAAGCUCUUUCCUACGAACAAAAAGCGUUUGACAUUCUUGUUCCAUUAAAUGCUCCUCAAUUGACAAAUGUUUAUGCUAUUAUGGCUAAUAUUUACAUGCAGAAGAAAGACUUUCCACAAGCCAUUGUAUAUCAUGAGAAAGGACUUGAAUUAGAUUACGAACGUCUACCAGGAAAUCAUGAAAACUUUGGAAUAACUUAUGCAAAUAUAGGCGCAACAUAUCACUUAAGUGGAGAUUAUAUAAAAGCUUUAGAAUAUUAUAGCAAAGCUCGUGAAAUCUACUCAAAAAUAUUGACACCCAAGCAUCAGCAUGUAUUAACUGUAGAAGAAAAUAUUCGUCGUGUGAAAAAACUAAUCAAUACAUGA